AUGUGUCAGGCAGCGUUCAAUUGCAAGACGCCACUGGUGGCUACAGUGCAGACUGAGCAUUCGCUAUGGCAGCCCAAACUCAUGUACCUCAUCAACAACGCGUGGACGUCUGCGCAGAGUAACUUUCUGAGCAUAUUCUACCAGCAGAUGGCACAAUUCACCAAAGUGCAGAUUGGCUUCUUGCAAACGUUGCCUUGCUUGUGCACUAUGCUGGCCCCUCCGUUCUGGGGCGUCGUUGCUGACCGUAUCGAAAACCAACGACUCAUCCAAUUGUCUGCAUUAUUACGGGCGCAUUGCUCAUUGUCUAACUUCCAGGUGGCCCCGACCGGAUCGUUGCUGGAUCACACAGUUCUCAACCUCUUAGACAAAGUCGGCGGUGAGUACGGCAAGCAGCGGUUAUUUGGUGCGCUCGGUUACGGUCUCGGUGCCUAUGUCACGGGUCUUAUCGUGGCCGUUGCUGGCAUCUCGUGGUCAUUUAACGUCAGCUUGGGACUCGGUCUAACGUCUCUGCUUGUACUGCGUACGAUUCCUCCAAUGCAGCACAGUCGAUUUUUAAAUGAUGCUGUUUUGGAGUAUGGCGCAGUAAAGCCGCCAUCUUUAAUGGAAAACGUUCGGAUGAUUACAAAAUGGGGGAUCUUUCUUACCUUGAACUUGUAUAAUCUCUCGGGUAAGAAUGCACAAAUUGUAGGCAUUGCCAUCAUGUGUGAAACAGCUUCCGAAUUACCGGCCUUCUUCUACUCUCAUAAAAUUAUCAAUCGAUUUGCAUGGGCAGCAUGUACACAGUUCGUCUAUUCAGCAGCUUCUCCUGGUUGUCAAGGAACUAUUAUGGGUGUACUUAAUGCAGUACAAAACGGUCUUGCACGUGGCAUGGGGACACUUAUUGGUGGGUAUUUUUAUGAGCAUUAUGGUGCUCGUACCAUGUGGCUAGUUGCAGAUCUUGGUGUGCCUCUUGCCCUCAUUGGCUUGGGUGUUUUUGCACACUUUAAGAGCAAAAAGAACGUGGUGCAAGGAACGUUCUUGGAAGAAGCUGAGCUCUUCUCUCCCCAUGCUGGGAAUCCGCAAAGACUCAAGUCAGACAUGGAUCAGACCUAUCACGAGAUUCCGUAG